CGGCAGGGCGGGGCUCAGCCCAGCUGAGCGGGGGUGGGGAGGCGGUGCUCAGUCCGGCCAGACGCGCGGCGGGAUAGGAGGCGCCGCUAAGCCUGGUGCCUGGGCCCAGAGGCCUCCACACACUCCAUCCCAAGGCACGGCCCCUCACCAGCACCAUGCCCUUGGCUCGCAGCCUCUCCGUCACCUCUCUUACUGGGCUGGAGGACUGGGAGGAUGAGGUUGACUUGGAGAACGUGGUCCUCUUCGAAGUGGCCUGGGAGGUGGCCAACAAAGUGGGUGGCAUCUACACGGUGAUCCAGACAAAGGCCAAGAUCACGUCAGAUGAGUGGGGCGAGAACUACUUCCUCAUCGGGCCCUACAUGGAGCAGAACGUCCGCACCCAGGUGGAGCUCCUUGACCCGCCCAACCCAGCCAUGCGGCGCACCAUCGAAUCCAUGAACUCCAAGGGCUGCAAGGUGUACUUCGGGCGCUGGCUCAUUGAGGGGGGCCCCUACGUGGUGCUUCUGGACAUCACAGCUACGGCCUGGAGCCUGGACCGCUGGAAGACAGAGCUAUGGGACAGCUGCACCAUCGGGGUGCCCUGGUACGACCGUGAGGCCAACGACGCUGUCCUCUUCGGCUUCCUCACCGCCUGGUUCCUGGGGGAGUUCACGGCUCAGUGUGAGGAGAAGCCAUUUAUCAUCGGGCAUUUCCACGAGUGGCUGUCUGGAGUCGGGCUCUUCCUGUGCCGCAUCCGCAAGCUGCCUGUGGCCACCAUCUUCACCACCCACGCCACCCUGCUGGGCCGCUACCUCUGUGCUGGCAGCGUGGACUUUUACAACAACCUGCAGACUUUUAACGUGGACAAAGAGGCUGGCGACCGGCAGAUUUACCACCGCUAUUGUAUGGAGCGUGCUGCCAUCCACUGUACCCAUGUCUUCACCACCGUGUCCCAGAUCACAGCUGUGGAAGCUGAGCACCUGCUCAAGAGGAAACCAGACCUGGUGACCCCCAAUGGCUUAAACGUGAAGAAAUUCUCAGCCAUGCAUGAGUUCCAGAACUUGCACGCCCAGAGCAAAGCCCGCAUCCAGGAGUUUGUCCGGGGGCAUUUCUAUGGACACUUGGACUUCAACCUUGAUAAAACCCUCUUCUUCUUCAUUGCUGGGCGCUAUGAGUUCUCCAACAAGGGAGCCGACAUCUUCCUGGAGGCCUUGGCCCGCCUCAACUACCUGCUGCGGGUGAAUGGCAGCGAGAGCACAGUGGUAGCCUUCUUUAUCAUGCCAGCGCGGACCAACAAUUUCAAUGUGGAGACCCUCAAGGGGCAGGCUGUGCGCAAGCAGCUCUGGGACACAGCAAAUUCUGUGAAGGAGAAAUUUGGGAAGAAGCUCUAUGAGUCUCUCUUAGUAGGGAACCUCCCAGACAUGAACAAGAUGCUGGACAAGGAGGAUUUCACUAUGAUGAAAAGGGCCAUUUUUGCCACACAGCGUCACUCCUUCCCCCCCAUAUGCACUCACAAUAUGCUGGACGACUCCACGGACCCCAUCCUGAACACGAUCCGGCGCAUUGGGCUCUUCAACAGCAGUGCCGACCGUGUCAAGGUCAUCUUCCACCCUGAGUUCCUCUCCUCCACCAGUCCUCUGCUACCUGUGGACUAUGAAGAGUUUGUCCGUGGGUGUCACUUAGGUGUCUUCCCCUCCUACUAUGAGCCCUGGGGAUACACACCAGCUGAGUGUACUGUCAUGGGGAUCCCCAGUAUCUCCACCAACCUCUCAGGAUUUGGCUGCUUCAUGGAAGAGCACAUUGCAGACCCCUCUGCAUAUGGGAUCUAUAUCCUGGACCGGCGGUUCCGCUCGCUGGAUGACUCAUGCACCCAGCUGACCUCCUUCCUGUACAGCUUCUGCCAGCAGAGCCGACGCCAGCGCAUCAUCCAACGCAACCGCACCGAGCGCCUCUCCGACCUGCUCGACUGGAAGUACCUGGGCCGGUACUACAUGUAUGCCCGCCGUAUGGCACUGGCCAAGGCCUUCCCGGACAACUUCACUUAUGAACCUCACGAGCCCACAGCGGCCCAGGGCUUCCGCUACCCCCGCCCAGCCUCAGUGCCCCCAUCUCCCUCCAUCUCCCGCCACUCCAGCCCCCACCACAGUGAGACAGAAGAGGAUGACGAGCGCUACGAUGAGGAUGAGGAGGCGGAGAAGGACCGCCAGAACAUCAAGCCACCUGCCACUAUGGCCUCUGUCCCUGACUGGCGCAAGCAGCCCAAAAAGCCGUCCAGUGAGGCCAGCACCUCCUCCAAUGCCAGCACUCCCACCCUGCCCAGCAGCCCCAGUGACCUCAGCAGCCCUGGCAGCUCCAUCAUUGAGGAACGGAACUAGAAACCUUCUAGAUUGUUCUUGACCCUGGGGGGCCACUCCACAACAGGCGGCCAGUGCCCCGCAUUGGAAUGGUUCUAGGCCCCAUCCCAUCCCAUCCUCCUGCUUUUGGCUUUCCCCUGUGAUGCCCCCAUCCCAGGCUUGCCAGGCUUUGUUGCAGUCUAUACCAAGGAUGCUCAACCUUUCCAGCCUAUGGGCCAGAGAAGUGGGGUGGGACUGACCCCUGGGCUGGAUGGGGCUCCACAUGCCAGGAUCAGGCCCCACAUGGCUUUGGCCAGCCUCUGUAUGCCCACAUUGGGUCUCAUGUGCCAGGAUCAGGCCCAUGUACUAGAAAUUUUGGGCCCUGUACUACCCCCACCCAGCCCAGGGGGAUCUAUGCCACUAAUUUUGCACACACAAGCAAUGCUAUCCAACCCACAGGCUCCCUGUGGCUUCAUAGGUUGACAGUGCGGGGAAGGGGAGCCACUCCCCCACUGCCACAUUUUGGACCUGUCAAGAGCAUCACAGUCCUGAUGAGCUGGAUCUGGCCCACAGGCCGGGGGUUGAGCACCCCUGAUCUAGAACCCUGCUGCUCUGGGGCCUUCCCUGCCAAAGGUGCUUGGAGGGCCACAAACCUGGUUGCAUGCAGGGGGGUUGUGUUCUGCAUUAUUCAAAGAGGCUGCAGGAUCCAGGCAGCUUCAGACAUUCUAGAUUGGGACCUGUGUUGGCUUGGGAGGGAGGUUCUAAGCUGCUCUAGAAUGUGCUGGAGAAUGGAAGGGCUCUGGAGAUGUCUGGGCAGUGGUUUGAUGCUGUACUGUGGGGAACAUUUUAACAUGGAGCCCCCUCCACAAACAGAGGUGCAGGUUGCUCUAGAGCACUGUUCUAGAGCUUCACAGGACAACUCUAGACUGGCUUCAAAUACAGUGCCCAGCUGGGGGAGCUUGAAGCAGGCCAGGAUGGAGAGUGAAGGGAAGGGUCCGGCUCUCCAGAACGCAGAUCUGAUGGUUGCCGAAUGCUGCCUCAAGCGAUAUGGUUCAGGAUGAGGCUAGAACAGGGUUGAGAUGUUCUAGGUUGGUCUAGAGUUGGGCCUGCUCCUGAGUGCUUGGGAGUGAGUCUCAGCUGUGAGGUUUAAGCCCCAGUAAGGCUCUGGGUUGUUUUUGAAUGGGCCAUGAUUAAGGGUCUGUCUGGAUUUGGGUCUGAACUAGAGCUUAGGGAUGCAAAGAAUGUUGCUAAUGUGUCAGUGUUGGAAGUCUGGGGUGCUCUGGAAUGGACCUUGUUUCUGGGUUGUGGGGUGUCCAGAGAUUGUGUGAGCCUUCUUGUUCUAGAACACAGUUGCGUAACCUUUUGGCCCUGCACAUCCCCUAUGUGCCAGGAUUGGGUCCUGGGGUGAUGGCACCAACCUUUCUGGCCCACUUGCAUGCUGGGAUUGGGUCCUGGAGGCCUGGCUCUACCCACCCCCCCAUGCACCAGAAUUGGGUCCUGAAGGACCAACACUGGCCCCAGGUCCUCUUGCCCCCUGUGCGCUGGGAUUGGGUGCCAGGGCUCCAUUGCUGCGUGCUGGGAUCGGGUGCCAGAUCCAGCAUGCAGGGCCUGGGGCUCCCCAUGGGUCUGGAUAUUUGGCAAUAGGGGAAUGGUACCACCACUCUCCUGCACCAAAUUUCCGGAUCUGGGCCGUGGCCUGGAGGUUGGGCCCCCCACCCUGUCUAGAGGUUCUGGGGGUUCUCUAGAAACUCUAUGGGAGAAGGAGGGGGUCCCCUGGCCAGAGCAUUGCAUGCUAAGCCAUUCAACACAGGUCCUGUAUGCUCCAGCCUAGCCCUCUGCUCUAGAGCACCCUAGUACCAGCUGGGUCUCAAUGAGCCGGCUGGAGCAGGUUCUGAGGAAGCAGCCUAUGGGCUAGCAAAACCAGGGGCCAGAAGCAAUAUUAUAGGUACUGCUGUGGACCUGUCUGACCCAUGUUCCAGACCAGAUAAUAAGAUAUGGGUGGCAGCAAGGCUGGCCUGGCCUGCUAGCUGCCCUCCCAUCAGUCUAGUUAGAGCCCCGUUUAGACUGCAGAUAUUGAGGCUGGUAGUUCUAGAUCCUGGGCUGUGGCUCUCAAUCACUGGCUGCAGGGGAGGGCCCGAGCUUCUCCAGAACUGUGCAUGGCUGGAAAUAGCAGUGGGGUCUAGAUUACUCAAGGAUGUUGCUGGGAGCUCCCAGCUUCUUCAGGGCUUGGGUAACAUUACUCGACCUCCCCCUCCCCCCCACCCAUCAAGGAUGCAGUCCUGAGGCCAGGCAACUACUUCUGGGGAGAAAGCCUUCAGAUGCAGCCACCUUGGGUGGAGCAACAGUUUGUUCACUUGCAGAUCUCAGGCACAGGCUUCAGCCUGUCCCCACUGAAGCAAGGGAAGUUGGUACGUGAAGCUGUUGUCUCUUCCCCACACCCUGUCUCCUGUCCUGUAUUCUCCCCACAGCAAACUCCCCCCAGGCAGCUCCCUGCUCCCACUCAGCUUUUAUUUAUGGAUGUUGCACACACAACUGGGCUCAUGUCACACUGUUUCUGUCUGUCCCCUGAUCGUGACAAGGGCAAAUGCAUCCAAUAUCAGAAUAAAAAGGGAUUUCAAGACA